AUGCUACUUAUCUACAAGACGGGCAUCGGAUCGCUUUGGCAUCCUGCUGUAAUUGACUCUAUUGAAGAUGGUUACCUUCAUCUACAGGAUCUCUACAGUGUACGACAACUUUCAAAACCAAAUGAUGGUAUACCAGAGAGUAUUCGGUUUUUGCCUGACUCGACCGACAUCUGCCCAAUUGGACUUUAUCCAGCAUACAUUAAUGUCACCCUGGGAAAUGUCGGGUUACGAGGCAAGCUAACAAAAAAUGCAUUUUAG